AUGGCCAUGAUGCUGUACACUUACAUGCGUCGUCGCAAGACCGUCGAAAUUGGCACUGCAACCAACGCCGCGCCGCCCUCGUACCGCCAGCGGAGCCAUAGCAGUGGCUGCCGUAUCGAGGGUGUCGAGAAAGAUAUCACCUACACCAGCCAAGACACGAAAGCCUGCUCAGACAAUGAGCGCAGCGGUGACGAAGCAACGGGCAUCAUCAACCAGUCCAUUGCGGUCUUCCCCCAAUAUGUGGCAAAGGAGUCCACCACACUCAUCAUGAAGGAAGACUUAGUCCCAUACCUGCCAGGCUCUUUCACUGUCUGGACCGGCAACGCGAGGUUGUUCGAGAUAGACCGCGAGCGGCCGUCCUUGACGCAUCGCACCAACAUCAUCGACGCACAGUCUCAAGAGCUGGUGAUGGCGGUACGAAAGAAUCUCUGCAACGUCCCGGUCUCCUUCACUUUCGACGAUCCAUGCGGCAAGCGCAUUCUCGAUCUCCAGGGCGAGUUCUUCGUGCCGUAUUCUGGCUCCAAAUCGACAGCCCAUAUGGUCAAUGCCGAGACUGGGGACAAGAUCGACCUGACGAUGAAGGGCUCGUACAUGAACCGCCACGCCAUCAUCAAAGAUGAAAGUGGCCACAUUCUGGUCCGCAUGACCAGCAAUAUCUUUGAAGCUCGAAAUCUGGUGGGUCACCGACGGACAUAUGAGCUGACGGUGCAGGCGGGUGUUGAUCUGUCGUUGGCAGUUGCAAUGAUCCUAUCUCUCCAUGAGCGUGAGCAGGCGCAUUGA